AGCCACUUUGGCUCGAGCGGUCCACGAGUGGUGGCGGGCGGCGGCGCGCCGGAGCGCGCCGGCGCGAGCGGGCGCGCCGAUGGAGAGGAACGCCUCGGCGCCCGCCGUGGGGCCGGGGGCCGGGCGGCCCAAGUACAACAUCAAGCAAUUCAGAGGGAUUCUUGAUGAGGUCAGCCUGGCGAAGAGCGUGGUGGAGCAGGAGCGCGCGCAGGCCCUCGAGCAGGCGGGGCACGUGGACCGGCUCUUCCGGGAGCGCGACGCCGAGGCGCAGCUCAUCCAGAAGGAGCUCUCCGUGCAGCUGAGGUGCGCCGGGCGCUCCUACCAGCAGAUCCUGGACGCCAACAGGCAGAUCUCGGAGGACCUCCAGGCCGAGGCCGAGAGGAGGAGAGCGGAGGUCUCCGCCCUGGAGCAGCAGGUGCAGGAGCUGACCGCCAAGGUCGAGUCCUCGGUGAGGCCGUGGAAGGAGGAGGUGAGCAAGCGCGACCUCAGGAUCCUCAAGAUGCAGGAGUCCGCCGUUGACUUGGACAAGCAGCUCCGCGAGGCUCUGCUCGCGCUGCCGCGCGAGCGGGAGAGGCUGACUUCCGAGAUAGACACGAUCCGGAAGGCCCGGGACGAGACGGUCAGGGAGUUCGGGGCCCUGAAGGGGCAGCUGGACUCCAUCGAGGAGACGCACGCCAACGAGAAGGAAGAGGUCAGGCUGCAGGCCAGGAAGGACGUUGUUGAGCUGCAGUGCAGGAUGGAUGAGGUCGAGAGAGCGACAGAGGAGCAGAAGAAGCGCGAUGCCGAGGAGAUCCAUCGCCUGAACCUGCAAAUCAAGGGCCUCCUCCAGGAGAGGCAGGCGGACAAGCGCGAGCACGAGAGGUACGACAGGAAGCUGGAGAUGAAGGAGGACGGCUUCCAGAAGAUGGUUCACGAUUGGAAGGUGAAGACCGACAGCACCCACGAGCAGGCCGAACAGAUGCGCGCCAACUACGAGAGAACCAUCACGAGGAUGGACGAGCAGCUCCAGGAGGCCGAGCGCGAGACUCAGCGCAAGCUGAAGCCCUGGCAGGAGCUGGCGGAGAAGAACGGCCGCGAGAUCAAGAGCCUGCGGGACAAAUACAACGAGGGCGCGAAGGAGUGCGACAGACUCCGGCAGCGCGAGCAGCAGCUGGAGGAGGAGCUCGAGAAGCGGCUGGCAGCCGCCAACGGCGCCCUCGAGCUCGCGCAACUCGAGACCUACAAGCUGAAGAGGACGGUCGAGAAGCAGGAGGAGGAGGCCAAAGAUCAGGACCGGGGGGACAGGAAGCGCCUGGUCAUUCUCGAGACCAAGUUGCUGGACGUCGUGGAGCAGACCCAAACCCUCCUUGCCAAGAGGGACAUCGAGCUGCAGGAGAAGGUUCAGAUGAUCCAGAACCUCCAGCAGAAGGUCCGCUCGCAGGCCCUGCACGAGGGCGAGCACGAGAAGCUCUGGGACGAGAGGGUACAGGCGAAGGAGGAGGGCUACGGCGCCGUCGUUGCGCAGCUCAAGUUCGCGGAGGGUCAGAUCGAGGAGGAGCGGGGGCGGACAAUGAACGCCAUCAAGAUGGUGCGGAAGCGCGAGCGCAGCAUCGAGCGCCUCAAGGCCGAGCACACGGAGGAGCUUCAGACUCGCACUGCGGAGCACGAGGCGCUGCUGCUCCAGAACCAGGAGUGGGCGGGCAUGAUCGACAACCUCGAGGCGGAGAGGGAGGCCUCCGAGCGGCGGUGGGAGGCGCUGAUGGAAGCGAGAGACAAGCGCCAGGACGACCGGGAGGCCGACUUGCGGAUCGAGAUGCUGCAUCGAGACGAGGCUGUGGCGGAGAUGGAGAAGACGCUCCAGGGCAACAAGGAGCACUUCGACAAGUCCAAGUCCUCCUGGGAGGACAAGGAGAGAGAACUGGAGAUGAUGCUCCGGAGCAGGGACAGAGCAAUCACUGGCCUGAAGAACGAGAUAGAGUUCAUCCACGAGUCGUGGGAGCUGAAGUACAACAGGCUCAUGGAUCUGUUCGAUAAGCUGCAGCAGAAGUUCGAAGACGGGGUGGGGAACGGCGGAGUCGUGGAGGCCCACCGCCGCGCCGAGGCGCUCAAGAGGGAGAAUCAAGAGCUCAGCACCCAGAUCAAGCAGCUCAAGGAGGGCAUCAAAAAACAGAAGAAGCAGAUCCGGGACCUGCACAUCGACAUCGACAUGGUCACGAAGGAGACUGCGGACGUCUUGGUAGGGAAGGACGCGGCGAUGGCAGAGCUCGUUGGCGAAAACGUCAACCUGCAGAAGCAGCUUCAGGCCGCCCACGAGGAGAGGGAAGCGGUCAUCAGGGAGCUGAAGGGCGAGCAGAUCAGCUUGGCGGAGUCCUUCCAGGACCGUGUCGUGCAGCUGGAGCAGCUGGUGGAGGCCAUGCGCUUCACGGACCGCCAGGCCCUGGUCGACAAGAUCGACGUCUGGAAGCGCGCCUACGAGCGUUGUGCAAUCGCCCGCGACGAUCAAGAAGAAGAGUACAAGGCGCUGGUGGACACAAAGGACCUGCAAAUCGGCGCCGUGGCGGAGGAGUACAGGGAAGUGCUGAACAAAAUGGACCGAAUGCAGAUGCAGGCCGACGAGGAGCUGGAAGCCGUGAACAAGAAGUGGAAACAGGAUCAGGCGAGCUGGAAGAUGGAGCGCUUAAAGCUUCAGCAGGAGGCCAUGAAGCUGCAGCUGCAGCUCGAGAAGGCCGAGCAAGCAAAGGUGAGCAUGGUCCAGGUGGAGAUGCAGGGCUCUGCCGUGAGCAGCGCGGAGACCGACGCGCUGAAGGCCAAGGUCCAGCGGCAGAAGGUCAAGAAGAAGGCGCUGAAGGCGGGGGUGCAGGAGCUCAUCACGGAGAACACGGACUGGCGGGCCAAGUGCGCGGCCCUGGAGGAGCAGAUCGUUGUUGGGGCCGAGAACCUCGAGAAGUUCACCAAGUGGCGCGACGAGCGCUACGAGGCGAUGAAGAAAGAGUACGAGGCCAUGAAGGCCAUCCUGGAGAAGGAAAUGAACACGGCCCAGGACACCUGCAAGGACAUCGAGGAGCAGGUGCGCGAGUUCCCGAGCCCGUUCGAGGUCGAGCUCCAGGAGUUGAAGGACAGGUACGCGCAGACGCAGGCUGGGAUACUGACCAUGUCGCUAGAGAACGCGAAGCUGCGCGAGGACCUGAAGGCGCAGCAGGACUCGUACAACAAGCAGAUGGAGGAGCUGGAGGCCAACCUCAAGCUGGCCCACUUCCUCCUGAAGGAGGUGGGGUCCGUCGGGGACCUCAAGAAGCUGGGGCAGGGACAGGCCGCUGCGUCGGCGACUCCCGCGGGCUAGGCGCCGGCCGCGCGACUCCCCUGCUCGUCAGGUUGGAUCCGCCCGUCGCCGCCGGCGCUCGACGUGGUUGUCGAGCUUCCCGCCCAGUCGAGGUGGUAAAAACGCCCUAAACAUAGACUUUCUUUCUGUUGCACCUUCUUUCCUCCGCUCAUCUCAGAACACAUGUUUCCGACCGCGGCUCUGCCGAACGGCAAAGCCACAGCUCGUCUUCCGAGCGUCACGCCCCACCGCCGAGCUGCCUUUCGAGGAGGGGUAGGUGUUUCACGUCAUGCAGCUCGAGGCCUGCGAGCGCGUGCUUGUAAAAGCAUAGGAUAUCAAAUUACGGGGUUGGCUCCCCCCGUUCGUUGGCUCACUGGUGGAAAAAUGACGCGGCGCUUCGGAUAUGUUGUUUUUGUUGUGUUUUUUUUUCUCUCUCUCUCUCUCUCUUCCCUCUCCUCGCGCCCAGUUGCCCUAAGCGCCCUUCCGGCCGCUGCUGAUGUCGCCCUCCACCCUCGUCAGCCUCGUCCUCCUUCACCUCGUCGCCGUCCUGCUCAUCCUGCCCCUCCUUGUGUCUGCGGUCCCCGUCUGACAUCGGCCUGCUGCUGGUCUGGCCGUUUGUGAGCCCCUCGCCUGGAGGCCCUUUCCGCACAUCACACGGCCAUGGGACGUCGCAGGUUGGGCACAGCAGCUGCCACCGAGUGGUGGCCAUCAGUGCCGCGAGCGCGCUGCAGCUGCCACAAGCGCAGGGCACGGUUCGGGCCCGACGCCCGAGAGGCCGGAAGCGGAAGCGGAGGCGGAAGGUCGUCAUCGUCCACGGGCAGCCCGGUGGCGGACGACGGGCGCGCUUGGCGCGCAGGUCUCCCCAGAGGACCAGAGGACUAGCCCAUAGAUUGUGAGGGUAGCCGGUAA